AUGCACGACGGAGUAGCAAAGAUUUUAUUCACCUUAAUACUGUGUUUCUCUACUGGGAGAACUAAGGCAAUCAAAAAAGAUAUCGUUUUUCUGGUUGACUCUUCUGGAAGCAUUUUUAGCCGGGAUGAGAAGCAAGCUGUCGAUUUUAUCUAUAACGUCACAAAAUGGCUGACAAUUGGACCAGAUGAUAUCCAGAUAUCAGUUGUGACAUUCAAUACAGAGAUCGACGAGAAAUUCAAACUGAAAAAAUUCAAUUCCAGUGCCGAACUCCUUCCAAAUUUGAAGCGUUUGAUCUACAACAGUCCACAUGGAGGUACAGAAACCGCUGAAGCUUUAGAAUUUGUGCGCGAGACUUCCUUUCUUCCAAGCCAUGGCGGAAGACCCGACGCUAAUAAGACUGUGGUGUUAUUGACGGAUGGACAGUCAGAUAAUUCUUACAAUACACUGAGACAAGCAGAAUUGUUAAAGGCAUUGAACAAUACCGAAAUAUUUACCAUCGGGAUUGGUAGUGCGGUGUCAACAAGUAAUGAUGAAAUUGGAGGGAUAUCAAGUGAUCCAGAUUCUUACUAUGUACAGCAGGUGGACUCGUUCAUUUACUUGUGUAACCUAGUACCUGCUUUAGUGCCCAAACUUGGUAAGUUUUGA